AUGACAAAACACAGCAAGAACAACACAGCGUCUUCCGUGUUCUCGUACGCAGAGAAACAGAAAACAGAGUAUGGUACGAGACGACAACGACUGGGCAAUGAAUCGAUGCGAAAUUUUGAUGCCUGUGCUCUCUGUUUACAGAGGGCGAGGGAUCCUGUGGCUUGUGACCAAGGACACUUGUUCUGCAAGGAGUGUGUGUAUACUGACCUCCUGACCCAGAAGAAGGACAUGAAGAGACAGAAGGAGCGGUUAGAAAAGCUGAGGAAAGAGGCAGACGAGGAGAAGGAACAGGCAUUGGAGGCUGCGAGGGAACGCGUGUUAAAGGAUUUCGAGCAGGGGCAGCUCACUUUGUCUUCCGGUGUAGCGAAUGUAGCAACGACCUCUGGAUCGAACGCGAAGGAAGCUCGACCAGGAAAGCGAAAGCUCGACUUUGAUUCCACUACCGUCCAGACACUCAUGAGAGAGGCCGAGGAGGCGGCACUCAGACAGAUUGAGAGGGAACAAGCGGAGGCCCUUCGAGCAAAACUCCCGGACUUUUGGCUUCCGUCACUCACGCCUACCUACACAUCGAAGGGACCGCCAUCUUCAUUACGGGAUGUCAAGGUGCAAACGAUGUGUCGAGGGGGCCACCCAUCGCACUCUAUCAACUUGAAGUCAUUGACUCCUGUCCAAUUCUCAUUCGUGGCAGCAUCAAACUCUCGUUCGACAGAGUCAACCCCUGCAACAAGCCACAAAGGCGAAACGGAAGAGAAUGCAAUAUGUCCUUCCUGCAAGAGCAACUUUUCCAACAAUAAAGUUAUACUCCUAAUGAAACAAUGCUCUCAUGUCGUUUGCAAAGUUUGCACGGACUCACUGGUGCGGCCUGCCAAACAGUGCAUAGUUUGUGACAAAACUUUGGACUCCGGGGAUACUAUAGAAUUGAAAAGAGAAGGGACCGGUUUCGCUGGCGGUGGGCUUGCCGAAACAACUAAACGGGGCCUUGCUUUCCAGGGCUAA